UAUUGUUAUGCGACGAGAGAAGUCGCAGCGCGAGCUAUACGUGUCACAUAAUGACCUCACAGAUAAGGUUUCUCGGAGUACCGCACACAACACAGUACACCUCCGCCUCCGCGACAGGAGCGCGCUCGUCUCUCACUCGCGGGCCAUUUAUCAAUUGUACAAUUGUGCUCUAUUCCGAUUCAAUGGGUAUCUGUAACCGGAACAGUACAUGAGCCGACAACAGAGUCCUCUGUCUCCGGCUCUCGGAACUACAGCCGAGAUCAAAGGUUGAAACGCGGCGGAUAUGGCAACAGAGGAGGAACCAGACUCCUUAAAAAUAUAUUGGGACCAUUUCUUCAAGGCUGAGACUGGCACUUAUGAGAAGUCGACAUGGCUGGAGCUGUUCCUGGCGGAGUUCCUCGUGCGGCUGCAAGAGGGCGUCGAUCCCAACCAACUCAUCAAGUUCUGUCCGGUGAGCAGGGUGGUGACGCUGGUGGGGUGCGAGCUGCUGUGCGGCAUCCACCGCGUCACCUCCGCCGCCAACCUGCACCACGCCGCGCCGCCCCCACCCUCCGCACCUCUACCAGCACUCCACUCGGGCAACGGUAUCGCCAACGGACAUGACGGAGAUGUGGGGGGCGCGUGCGGUGCGCGUGCGCCGGCGAGCGUGUUCAGCCGCGCGCAGGCGCAGGCGCAGUCUAGCGGCGCUGUGCUGCGCGCGUACGUGCUGCGCGGCCCCGCCUGGCGCUGCCUCGUGCUGCUGCGCACGCUCGGCGUAGAGGGUCUGUCGUGCUGCCGUCAGCUGAGCUCGGUGCUGGUGUGGCUGUGGGGGGAGCUGGCGGGGGGCGCGGCCAGUCCCGGCGCCAAGCCGCCCCCCGCCUCACACACACCUCCCAUACACAUGCUCUUCUCACACAGAAUCUGGACCAAACAAAAAUUAAAUCAAGUACCGAAAACGAGUUCAAUCGCUUCCUCAGUGAGAAGUUCCGCAUCUGGACGGACGAAGCACAACGGCGUCUCUAAACUGGAUUCCAACGACGCCAAGAGCAAUAGACGCUCUCUCGCGGAGACGGAACAGUCCACAGAGUCCGCGGACUCCAACGACGACCUGCACAUUCUGAACAAGUCCAUGGCCAUCAAAGUGAGCGCGCCCAGCGAUCAGUUUGAGUACUUCGAGUCGCCGAAGCGCUCCUCCAACGACUACCCAAAUGAAAUGCUCUACACCGACCCUUUCUACACGCCGCGCAAGUCUAAACCCAAAGCUGACGACUACAUCAACGACAAACAUAAGGAAAUUAUAAACACGGAAAUAAGUAGCUUCGACUUCAUGCUCCUCAUCACCGAGCUGCUGCAGGAGCUGUGCAAGGCGGAGAGCAGCCUCUCGGGCGCCGAGGGCUCGCAGAUCUCCAUGCAGUGCAUUAACUUUUCCUUGAAGAACCUUUGCUCUCUGCAGUUCGGCUCCCUGCCGGCCCAGGCCAACUACAACGGUGAAGAGAUGUCAAGAAUCAAACUGGCCCUCACUGAGCUCCUGAUCGUCUCGCUGGACAAGGUGUUGAUCCACUCGGGCUUGUGUGCAAAACUAAUCAAUAGCGGCAUUCUGCCGAUGCUUCUCAGGAUCCUGGAGGAUGUGAUUUGUAAGACUAACGCUAAAUAUAAUACUAAGGAGGACCGCCCCUCUCAGCCCAAAGACGUAGAAAAGUCAAACCAGAAUGAAGCGGAAAACUUGCUCAAAUAUGUGUUCGGUAUAGCGUAUUCUAUUACGGCCUUCUUCCACUGUUUGUUGAUGCAGUGCCGCACAGUCGACAAGCUCAGAGAGUUCACGGACCAAUUCAAGCUGUACGGGGAGUGCCUGAAAGGAGGCCUCCUCAAGGAGUGCAUAGAGCUGAUGAUCAGAAUUCCUCACGAGGAGGAGGAAACUAGUGUAAUAUUAAUUAAGAAGCUUAUAGAAUCUAUAGGAAAACUCGUGAGCGGUAUGAAACGCGUCAGGAGCGAGGUGAUCCACUCGGCCGCGUGCGGGCGGAGCUGGCACAAGGCGUGCAGGCCGCGCGUGGCCGCCGGCAUGCACCACCACCACGACGUGCUGGGCGAAGCGGGCCCCGGCCUGCCGCUGCCCUCCGCCUGCUGCGUCUCCGUGCUCUACGGCACCCUGACUGCCCUCGUCACCGACGACCGGGUCUCGGCGCAGCCCGAACUCAGGACCAAGAUAUUGCGAGUGAUGCUCAAGUGCGGCGUCUGCUGCUGCUUCUCUCCGGGGUUCCUGAUGGAGUGCAUCGUCAGAUUGAUGUUGACGCACAACAGCGUCGCGCCGCGAUGCCUCCAGCUCCUCGAGCACACCGUCUACGGCGACCUCGGGUCCAGCAUACUCAUUCCCCGCGUGACGGACCAGCUGCCCUGCUCCAUUUGCGAGCCGUGCGACGACAACAAAGACUUGGGGAGGAAGUAUUGCCACCACGGAGUGAGCCCCAUAGAGAGAAAGAGCGUGUGGUCGUUUCUGAUCCAUUACAAUUCGUUGCUUCAAUUGGACAACCACAACAAUGUAUUGCACGCGGCCGUCAGCCACCUCCUAAAAGUGACUCCCAAGUGUCGAAUGGAGAUGAAGUACGAGCUGCUGUUCAGCGUCAUCUAUCCUACUUUCAUCGUGUCCAAGCAUCGGUACAUCAUAAAGCGGGAGGAGUCCGCCUACUUCCUGACCGUGUCUUGUCUCAAUAUCUUUGCGAGUCUCCUGAACACGGUAUCUUUCGCAGAACAGUUUAUACAAAAAGGUGGCCUCAGCUACGUUCUCGAACUGGUAUCGUUACCCGAAUUUUCCAACCAGUGCUGUGCGAUUCUGGAAAUCGCCAUAAUCGUGGAAAUAUACAAACUGAUGAAGGAGAACGCGGAGCUCACCUACUUCCGCGAAAUAAGCUCGCUGGCCUCCGUGCAGAUGUUGUUCAAAUGUCUGUCGGAGGUGACCGAGAGAUGCUACAACAUGUAUAAACUACAGCUGCCCGCCGACAAGUUCGAGGAGCUGUGCGAUCUCACGAAGGAGAAGGAAAUACUCGAUAUGAACACCGAACUAGAGGAAAGGUUUUCGACGACAAAUAACACUUUAGUAUCGAACGACAAAGCCGAGGAAUCCAGCGAGGACUACAUUGAGGCGUUGAAGACCAUCGGUACGUUCUGGAAGUCGUGCGCGGGGCUGUGCCUGCUGUGUCCGCUAUUCCGCGAGCACGUGUCGCGCGCGCCGCUGCUGGCACACAGCUACGCGCUGCUCAAGCUGGCGCUGCACCGCCUGUGCCAGCCCGCGCCCGCCGCCGCGCCCUCCGCCGCGCCCGCCGAGACCCGCCUGCUCGUCGCCCUCAUGGAGGCCCUGCUCACCGUGCAGUUCGCGGUGUCUGACCCGACAAAGGGACGUUCGCGCACUGCCAGCUGCGGCGUGGUGCGCAGCGCGCUGAGAGCUGCCACAGCCGCCACAGCCGCCACUGCCAACACAACUCCCGCCAUGUGCAGCGGCGCGGGUCUGAGCGCGCUGUGCGACGCCCUCAUCGGCGUUGCUGUGGCCCGCCCCAGUCGCAGACUGGCAAUGCCGCGUCUCGCACCCGCUAAGGUGCCGCCGCUGCAGUGCGAGUCGAGCGGCAGCUCCGUGGAGGGCUCGUCGGGCGAGGAGGCCGGCCCGCUCGGCAGCUCGCACGCCAGCCCCUACGCCAGCGAGCUCAGCGACCCCCACCCACUGGACGACGACGGUUACGAGGCGGACGUGGAGGCGGGCAAGCUGGCGGCGGCCCGCGGCGCGCCCCCCGACCUUGCGCACACAAUGUCCGUGCUCGGCGGACUCUCCGAAUACCAGUCGCCGAUGGAGGCGUUGUGCGGCGGGCACGCGGCCCCGGGCCCCGGCUUGGCGCACCCAGAGCUCUGCCUCGUAGUCGUCGACAUUCUCUCGCAGCUCCUACAGAGGGUGGUGGAGGAGGAGAGCAACAACGGCACGCAGGAGAGCCUGGAGCGCGUGUGCGGCGGGCUGGCGCGGGCGCUGGCAGCCAGGCUGGCGGGCGGCGGAGCGCCGGCGGGCCUGCUGCGCCGCCUGCUCACCCCGCCCGCCGCCGCCUUACUGCGCCGCACGGACCCUCGCCUCGCAGAACUGCAACACAGCAUUUUGGAACUAAUACACGUGGUGGCCUCCCAGAGCGUGGAGCCGCGCGAGCUGGCGGCGCUGCUGCAGCUGGCGGCGGCGGACCGGCCCCCGCUGGCCGCGCUGCUGUCAGCGCUGCAGCGCCUGCUCGCGCACGCAGACCCCUGCACGCCGGACUUCGCGCUACAAUUCCCCAUACAAUUGUCUCCCCACUCCUCCGACGAACCGACGACGUCAUUGGGUGCAGGUGCGGCGCGCUGCGUCGUAGACGGCGCCAAUUGGGGGCCCUGGCUGCAGGGCUUCGCCCUCGUGUUGUGGCUGCAGCCGUUACCAGAGGCUAAGAAUGAAGACUACGAUGAGGUGGACAGAGCUGUGCCGAUGAGGCAGGAGACGGGCGAGGUGUGCGGGGUGCCGGCCGCGGCGGCGGUGCACGUGCUGUCGCUGGGCCAGGACUCGCUCACCUUCGAGCUCUGGCUGAACGUCGCCACCGGUAACUAA